GGUCCGGUACGAGGCCUCAGGCCUGCUGCUGCUGCUGCUAUCAUGGAGUCCGAGCAGCCUGACAGCCUGGAGGGUUGGGUAGCCAUCAGGCCCGAUGUGUUCUCUGAGACUGAGAAGAGCCGCCUGCGGUUCCUUGUGGCCUGGAACGAGGUGGAGGGAAAGUUCGCCGUCACCUGCCACAGCCAGAGCCGUGGGCAGCGGCGGGGUGCGGGAGGCGAGCCCGGGGCUCACGGCAGCUGGGCCGCGCUCUACCGCCCGGAGGAGCUGCGCUGGAUCCACCGGCAGUUAGCGACGAGCUGCUCGGCCCUGGAGCCGUGUUUCCCGGUGCUGCCCGAGCUGAGGGCCCCCGGGCUCUGGGGCCUACUGUUCCCAGGCCGCUCCUUGGCCGAGGGCCCGGAGGCUGGCGCCGGCCUGGAAACCGCCUGCCGCCAACUGGAGAGGUACCUGGACGUAGCGGCCGAGCUGUGCGGCCGCCGCAUCCUCCUGGAGUCGGUGUUUCCCACCGAUUCCGACGGCGAGUAUUUCGAGAAUCUGACCGAGUUCCGGAGGAAAAGCCUGGAGCAACGAGUGGCCCGCGGCCGGGAGAACCUGCGUGAGAUCCUGCACCAACACAGAGCUGCUAAAGAUAUGGUGACCCUUAAAGCCAUCUACCAGGAAGAAGACGAGGCCUAUAAUGAACUGGUCAAUGCAGCAACGCAGUUUUAUCAGUAUUUACUGCAGCCUUUUCGGGACAUGAGAGAGUUUGCUUCACUCUGUAAACAGGAGGUCUUGAAAUCCUUGGAAUUUGAUGAGUUGGGUCCAAGGAGAAUUCAAAGCCUCGAGAAAGAUGCAGAGGAAUGGUCCAGACGGAUGCAGGAAGCAGUCUGCUCAAUCCAGGAUAUCACCGUGGAUUACUUUAAGGAGACUGUGAAAGCACUAGCUGCAAUGCAGAAACAGAUGGAGGAAGAUCGAAAUCACUUUGGCAAAGCUGCCUGGGCCAAUGUAGCACCCAGACUGGAGAAACUAAAGCUUAUGUUUGCGAAGGAAACAUUACAACACACUAGAGCGAAAGAACUUUGUCUCAAUCGCAGGAAGGUAGAGAUUCAGCAGAAGAUGGAGCUUUUCGAUAGCCAGGAAAUGCUGGAGACAGUAGACGGGUUAGAAAUGCAGUAUUAUGAAACACAGCUGGAACUGUACAGUAUUCAGUUGGAAAUGUUAAAGAAUGAAGAGUUGCUGCUUUUUGCACAGUUGGACACCAUUCGACGCCAGAUCAAAGAAAAAGAGGAGGAGGUGGUUUAUUAUGACACUUGUGAAGAUCCUGAGCAACUUCAGGCUAAUGACAACCUGGGGUUGACCCAUGACACUCGUUCAGUGGAAAUUAAAAAAAUGUGGCGCCAGGUUCACCAGUUGGAGACCAAACGGGGUCGUAUUUGUGCACGUAGAUCCUACCUGAGAAAUAAACAGGAUCAGUGUGAGGAAUCUCGGAAAGCAAAGCAGCAGCAAGAACGGGAAAAUCAGGAGCGCAUCCAGCAACAUCACAGUAUCCAACUGAAACGUGACCAGAAAAAGGAAGCAGCCCGAAGGAAGAGGGAGUGGGUAAACCAGGAACGGCAAAAGACUUUACAGCGGCUCCGAGCGUUUAAGGAGAAAUCAUCAGCACAUUUUGUAUUUCAACCUCGUUGCCAAACCCUUGGAGUGCAGAGACAGUUCACACCUUCGCCUGCAGCCCCCACUGUGUCUGAUCAGCCAAUGUCCCUCCUGGAUCAAUCCACCAGAAAGAAACCUGCAUCAUCCAGAACUUCAAAACCCGCCAGGAGCAGCCUUCCAACUCCCAACGAUAUUCCAGUGCAAAUCUUCCUGCCACCAGGACAAGCAGAGACACACAGGACUUCCUCGGUGCCUUCUAAAACACUCUCGCCACCAUUUUCCCCUCCCCCUCCCCCGCCCCUGCCCCCUCCCCCUCCUCCCCCUCCUACCCCUCCUCCAGGACCUGCCCCUUGUACUUUACUGGGUCAGACAAGCACUUUGAUACGUGACAACCAAGGUCAACCAAUCCUAACCUUGGCAGAGAAUUCAGUGAAGAAAUCCCUGAAGGAAAAUAUAGGAACUAUGGACGAUGUACUAGCUUCCUUGAAGCGUGGUGAAGUUUUGCUUCGAAAAGUAGAUCAAACGAAGCCGCAAUCUCUUGACAAGGCUGAGGACCUGCGACAGAACAUGUUGGCCUCAAUUCGACAAGGCAUCCGUUUACGAAAAGUCACAGUAGGAGGUAACCUCCCAGUCAGCACUGACCCAACCAAUGAGUUAGAGCGUAGUAUCAAAGCAGCCAUGAAGCGAAUGAAGAAAGUAUCUCCAGAUUCUGAUGAAGAGACAGAUGAUGGCAAUCAGUCUGAAGAGUGGGACAGCUGAGUGUGUGUGUGUGUGUGUUCUCUGUGCUUGCUCUGCACAUUGAAUAUCUCACAAAAUUUGUUUCUAUCCUGUCUGCAGGAGUUGAUAGGAAAUUAUUAUUGGUAUCAAAAACAAAGUGAAGGUUCGAGAAAUUAAACUGUCAGCUUGAUUCUGUGCCAAGUGAUUGGAUGAAUGGCUAGGUGAACUUCACCAAAGAACUGUCUGAAAUUCAAAUGUCACAUGUAAGGAUUGAUUUAUAAUUUUGCAGUCUCUGACUUCCCUAGUUUAUUGGAGUGAAAAUAAUACCACAGUAUUGCUGUUUUGAAUCAUGAGAUUUGAUCAUAAACAUAAAUGUUUUUUGUCAAAAAUAACUCAUUUAAAUCUUUUUGUGUAAUAACUGAGCUUCAGGAAAAUGAAUUGCAAAGCAAAUAUAGACUAGCACAAUGGAGGAAAGAAUGUAAUAACUUGCCUUUAUAUUGCACCUUUUCCAACCUCUGACCCUCCCAAAUUGUCUCAAAUAAUGCAGGAAAGCACCUUUUAAUUUAGGGUGUAGUCAGUUGUUGUGCAGGAAAUGUGACAGUCACUUGUACACAACAUCUACACCCAGCACUGGUGAUGGUGCCAAUGAUACUGACAACAGCAAUGUUUCAUUAGGAAGCAAGCAGCCUCUAUAUAGGCCACUGAGGCUCAGUGGGUGACUCCAAGCCACGUAGAAUAGAGGGCCAGGCUUGGAUAAGCUGAAGUUACAUUAAGCAAAACAAUCAACUUGAUUAAAGCAGAAUAUAUAUGAUAACUGAAGCAUAAGCUAGACUGGGCUAAAGUAGUCAGAUAGUUUCACAAGCACUGACUGGAGACAGUCUGUGAUAUAAUGCAGCUUGGCAGUGAGAUUGUGGGUCAGUUUUCUGAUGUGAUGUCAUAGUCUGUACUUCCUCAGCUGACAACCUACCCAGGAAACCUCAUUAGAACAGCAAUGGUUCUUCCUUGUGUUUUAACGACUCUUCUUUUUCUAACAUGAGCAAUGUUCCAUAGAGGUAUCUGGAAAACAGAGCUGACUAUAGACAUUCCAUAGGUUUGUUCUUUAUAAUUUUUCAGUCGCCUGGAGAAACCAAGGUCCUACCAGCUGCUGCACUGAAGCAGACAAACAGCACAGGGUGGUUUGAGUAUCUUGUGAAUAGAGAGGAGACACAGUCAGCCCAGGCUGUUGUUUAUGAGCCAACCAUCUCUGGUCUGAACAGGAUGGGCCUGGACUCUGAUACUCUCUGCAAUUGAUUACUACACUGGCCUUUACUAGUUAGACUCAUGAGAAAUGCAACCACCUUUGCAUUCUGAAGGACUGUUUUGCAAAACUUAGUCCUAGUAAAAGAUAAGAAAAUAUCAGCUAACAUUUCAUUAAUCUCUUUUAUCCUGAAUUACUUUAUUUAGAACACUGGACGUUGGACAUGUAGAUAAUAAACUAUUGAGUGAUUAUUAAUAAAGGCACAGUUUACUCCUUUAAAGCUUCUGCAAAUAUACAUAAUAAAUUAUAUAUUUUUGUGCAGAUCUACAGUUGAAAUUUAUUUUUAAGAAUAUUCAGGUUAUUCAAUCUAAGGCACUUUAAGAUGUAAUUACAGAACUUGCCUUGCUGUUUGAGGACUGUAUUGCUUUCAAAAAAGGCUGAAAUAUUGUGCAGUUAAUUUUUAAUUCCUUUUUUUCUUUUAAACUCUUUGCUUGUAAAGCAGCAUAUACCUGGAGUAUUGUGUGCUCAGUCCCUGUAGAAGUUAUUGUUAAUAAAAUUUAUCUUGGAAGCCUUUACAUAAUUUCAAUGCUGAUAAUGUCAGUCUUUCACAGAUCUGUUCCUGUAUGUUUCCUUCUUUUAUUUUCCUGUUUCGCUCAAAAGAUACAAACUGGAGGUUUCCACGUUGCAAAAUCCUGGCAGGUCACUCGAGCAACCUAUUUCCAGCUCUGUAACAUUGUGUGUCCCUUCACCCCUACGUCAGCGUAUCUGCUGCUGAUAACCUCUUCCUUUGGAGAGUGGAUGUGGAGAUGGUGUCCUCCUGAUGUUCUACCCUUGAACUGUGAAACCGUGCUGCCUGGCUGGGGAUUGCCCAUUGGGCCGCAGCUUGCUGACCCAUGUUGGCUCCUGGUGAAGUGAAUCUGUAUUUUAAAACUCAUCCUUAUCCUUAUUUUUAAAAUCCUGCUUUUUUUUUCCUCUUCCCUUUUGAAGAUAGAUUAAAAUUGGACAAGGGCAACUAUCUAGAACCCUCUGUUUUAUUGCUGUACCUCUUUUUCCUCUUGAAGAUGCUUCCUGUAAAUAAGAGAUAAGCAUUUCCCCUGACUAAUAUCGUCUUUAUUCAAAACGGGUGGGAGCUGGAAAGCAGGUCUGUGAGUUUAACAUCUCUGAAAAUAUUCAAAGCUAUUAUUAAAGAAGUUAUAGCAAGGCAUUUGGAUAAGUUGUACAUUACAUCAGACAGUCAACAUCAUUUUGUGAACGGGAAAUAAAUAUUGUUUAACCAAACUCUCGAGUUCUUUGAGGAUGUAAUGAUGUGCUGACACUGAAGGGGAGGGGGGUGGAUGAACUGUACUUUGAUUUCCAGAAGACAUUUUAAUAAGGUGCCAUGUGAAAGGUUAUUGUGGAAAAGAAAAGCACUUGGUGCAGGGGGGGACAGCCUAUUGGCACGGAUACAAGAUUGACCAGCUAACAGGGAAGACUGGGCAAAAGUAGGUAUUUUUGAGGUUGACAAGAUGUAACGAGUGGUGCCCUAUAGGGAUCAGUGCUGUGAUCCCAACUUUACAAUGUAAAUCAAUUACUUAGAUGAAGGAUCAGAAGGUCUGGAAGCCAAUUUUGCAGAUGAAUCAAAAAAGGUAGGAAAGUGAGCUGUGAAGAGGGGUUGUGAAAACACAAACAUCCAUAGGUUACGUGUGUGGCAGAGAUCAGGCAAAUGGGGUAUAAUGUGGGGAAAAUGUGAAACUAUCAAUGUUGUCAGCAAGAAAAAAAAUGGAUAUGAGCUAAAUGGUUAAAGGAUGUAAGGGGAUUUGAAUGCCUGUGUACAGGUCCAGCAAGUAAUUAAGAAAGUGAAGGUUUUUUGACUUAUUGGAAGGGG